UGUUUUAUCAACUUUUCUAGUUUAGCUUAUAGCAGAAAACACAUUUUUUCGUUAGCGCGGCCUUGGCCUUCGUUUCAUGAGAAAAAUUAUUAUAAAAAAGUUAAAAUAAUAUAAAAUCUAGACAAACACUUAACUAAAUUACAAGUUUCUUAAAAUGUCGGCUUCAAGCAAGCGUCGUGCAACAUCAGAUUUGAAUCACGACAAUUGGGAUCGUGAAAUUGAACCAGAAAAUAAGGGAACCUUUCAAACAGCACCAGAAGAUGAACUCAAGAACCGAGUCAUACGUAAAGCACAUAGAAAACUAACCGGCACAAGUGAUGCUGCAAACAAAACGCAGGAUUCUAGCGAUGGAGGACAACCCAAGAGCGUCUUUAGCGGUUUUACGGGUUUCGGGAAGACACCAUCAACUGCAACAACGGCAUCAACGCUCUCCUCACUUUCUUCCCUUGAUUCCACAAAGAAACCCGAAGAAACCAAGUCCUCUACAAACACGUUUUCUUUCCUCAACAAGUUCGCGCCUGCUGGUUCCUGUGGGUCGGAAGCAAAGGCCGAUAAACAACAAAAUAACAGCUCCAUCCCGUCGGGUGCCGGCGCCGAAGACAAAGCCUCCUCAAACAACAACAAGUAUAACUUCGAAAAAUCAAACGACUAUUACUCCAAACUCAAGGGACUCAAUCAAGCGGUAUCCUCAUGGAUCAAGACACACGUGGACAAGAAUCCUCUAUGUUUGCUGACACCAAUUUUCAAGGACUACGAAAAAUACCUCGCUGAAAUCGAUAAAACCGAAGGACUUGCGAAAACCGAAAGCGGAUCCCAAUCACAGUCACAGUCUUCUUUAAAUAAUUUUAAGUUUUCCGCCACUCCGUCGUCAUCCGCCAACAUAUUCUCCUUUGGCAACAAGCCCGCUGCUGACUCAGUAGAUUCCAGCCGAGAGCCCAAGAAGUCAUCAAUCUUCGGAAGCUCUACCCAGAGCCCCGAAGACAAACCCAAACCUACAACCGGAAUUGGUUUUGGCUCGAAGAGCGACAGUGCUCCAUCUGUCUUCAAUACGCCUAGCAGCACAGGAUUUAUGUUCGCCGGAGCGAAGCCGUUCUCCUUCGGCAACAUCCAGCCACCACCAGCUGCCGCCCAGCCUGCUUCUGCUGAUGAUAAAGAGAACGGCGACGAAGAAGACGAACCCCCAAAGGUGGAAUUCAAGGCUGUUGUGGAGGAAGAUAGUGUAUAUUCAAAACGUUGCAAGGUUUUCAUUAAAAACGAUGGCAAUUUCACAGACCGCGGAGUCGGCACUUUGUAUCUCAAACCCGUAAAAGAUUCAGACAAAAAACAACUCCUUGUCAGAGCCGAUACCAAUUUGGGCAACAUUUUGGUCAAUCUAAUUCUGAACGACUCAAUUCCAACUCAACGAAUGGGAAAGAAUAAUGUGAUGCUGGUGUGCAUACCAAAUCCUGAAACUGAAAAGCCAACACCUAUGCUGUUGCGAGUGAAGACAUCUGAAGAAGCAGAUGAACUUCUGGAAACCAUUGACAAAUAUAAAAAAUAAAAUGUCUUAACGAGAGAAUUUAUUUUGAAGGAGAAUGCAGGCGUAUUUUUGAUGCGCUUAAGCCCAACUUAAGAUUGACAUUUGUAUUGUGCUUAAUUUCAGUCCCACAGCCCACAUUGAAUUGUUGUUUUUUUUUUUGGUCCCUUGUAUUUAUAAAUUUAAAACAAUAUAAUAAAAAUCGUUUUCA